UUUAUUAAAACAUUGACAAUAUAUAGGCGAGCCGCUGUAAAAUUACCACUGAACAACGUACUACGGACGAAGUUUAACAGGAAAGACCUUGAACAGCAACCAGAUGCGGUACAGUGUUGUACCACAGCGUCCGUCGUAUAUAUUUCAGUAAUUUUAGAACGGCCCGACUUUAAUAUAAGUAAACCUACAUUAUGCUAGUAGGUUAAAAAUAAUUAUCUCUUUACUUUAAGCUGGAGCACAUUCUGUUGGACUAAUGGUGGAUGGAUGGUCCAAUAUUAGGAACGAGGCUGUCCUAAACUUUGUUGUAACAACUCCAAAGCCAUUCCUUUUUAAAAUUAUGCCCACAGGCACUGCACCUCAUACUGCAGAAUAUAUGCCAAAAACCCUUGGUGCAGUAAUACGUGAAAUCGGUCCCCGAAAGGUAUUUGGUAUAGUCACAGACAAUGCAGCAAACAUGAAAGCUGCUUGGGCCUUGAUUGAAAAUGAUUUUGAUAAUAACAUUUUUACCUAUGGAUGCUUUGCUCAUUCUCUUAAUUUAAUAUUUACCGAUCUCAAAAAUUUAACAAGUCUGAAAUCGUUUACUGCCGAGGCUGUUGCCCUUACAAAGGCCAUCCGACAAAGCCACAUAUUAUCUGCGUGGGUAAAGGAAAAACAAAACGAAUUAAAAAUAAGUUGCAGUCUUAAACUCCCAGUGCCUACCAGAUGGGGAUCAUUAGUUCUUUGUCUACAAUCAUUGCUUGCUAACAAACAAAUAAUAAAAAGGAUGGCUAUCAAUGAAGAAGUUGAAAAGGCAGUAAGCAAACACCCAUCUUUAAAAAAAUGCUCUAAGCGAUAUAUUUUGGGACCGGGUACAAGGAUACAUUAUGCUUCUGGAACCAAUUGCUAACACAAUUACCUCUGUAGAAGGUGACACACCAACGAUUUCAAAAUGUCUGCAUUUAUUUAAAAAAAUGGUUAACACCUCAUUAGAAAAUGUCACUAAAAGUCCAUUGUUAUCCAAAGAGGAAGCAGAUACAAGGGCAAUUUUUGAAAAUCGGAAGAAGUUUGCUAUUUAUAGUGUUCAUUUUGUAGCUAACCUUUUGGAUCCAAAAUAUCGUGGCUGCGAACUUAGCUCAGAUGAGAUGACUGAUGCGACAGAAGUCAUAUACAAGGUAGCACAGAAGAUGCCAGAUGUCGAUGAAGCAGCCGUCUUAGCUGACGUUGUCAAUUUUAUUGCAAAAGAAGGACUAUUCAAAAAGGCUUUUCUAUGGAAUGAGGACACAAUUGCAGCUAUCAGCCCUAUUGCCUGGUGGAGUGGUCUUUGCUCAAAUACCGCACUCUCCAAGUUGGCGAUUCGUUUUCUAGAGUUGCCAGCGACAUCAGCAGCAUGUGAAAGAUCCUUUUCUUCAUAUUCGGGAAUUCACACCAACAAGAGAAACGGGCUGACCAAUACUCGAGCGUCAAAAAUCGGGUAUGUGGCUCAUAAUUUAAAAUUAAUGGCUGAACUACAGCCAAGUGAAUCAUCCAGUUCAGAAUCAAUUGCUGGCCCUAGCUUCACAGUCAAUCCUGCAUUAGAAUCUGAACCGGAACCAAUGAUAAUAUCCAAUUCAGAUCAGUCGGAGUCUGUCUUUGAAAGUGAUGAAGAGGAAGCUUCAGAGUCUGAAGAAAAUGCAGAUAGCGACGGGACGGAUCAGUGUUCAUUUAAGGGAUUCGGUUAAUUAAUUGAACCUUUUCAAUCAUUAAGACGUUGUUUUUUUAUUUGAUAAAUUUUUAUUACUUA